AUGCAACAAUUAGAGAGUACAGGUAGAAAACGGUUCGCUCGUACGCCGCGUGGAGUCGCGGCGGCAGCGGCAGCGGCAGCGGCGGCGGCCGGCGUGCGUCUGGUGAGGUGCGGGGCGUUGCGCUGGGUGCUGGGCGUCGCCGGCCCACUCUGGGCAGGGCCGGCCGCUGUUGCUCAAUGCAGAACCGGCUGGCCGCGCCACGCCGCCCUACAGAAACCGAAACCCAACUUGUCCCGGUGCUGCUGUCCUGAUUUACGUGCGGGCCGCGGCUGGGCGGUGACACAACGGUUGCGCCACGCCGGGCCACGCCGGCACCCCGGCGACCACCCGGCGGACCGGUAUAAAGCCCCGCCGGACCGCUCCUCGGCCAGUCAGCUGCUCAACGACAGACAUGGCCUUCAAGUUCUUGUGAUGCAGCUUUUCAUCUUCGCCGCCAUAGUGGCCGUGGCGCGCGCCGGCUACCUGGGCGCCCCCGCCGUCGUCGCCCCCGGCGCUCCCCUGGCCGCCCGUGCCUAUGCCGCCCCCGCUUACGCCGCCCCCGCCUACGCCGCGUACGCCGCCCCCGCCUACGCCGCCCCCGCCUACGCCGCCCCCAUCGCUAGGGCUUACGCCCCUGCCCUGCGCGCCGCCCCUGUGGCCGUCGCCCCCGCCGUGAGAGCCGCCCCCGUCGCAGUCGCCGCCCCCGCCGCCGUGGCCGCCGAGUACGACCCCAACCCCCAGUACAGCUACGCCUACGACGUGCAGGACGCUCUGACCGGCGACUCCAAGACCCAGCACGAGACCCGCAACGGUGACGUCGUCCAGGGCAGCUACAGCCUGGUGGAGCCCGACGGUUCCAUCCGCACCGUCGACUACACCGCCGACCCCGUCAACGGCUUCAACGCCGUCGUGCACAAGGAGGCCGGCGCCCACCCCGCCCCCGUCGUCGCCAAGGUCGCCGCCCCCGUCGCCUACGCCGCGCCCGCCAUCGCUAAGGUGGCCGCCCCCGUCGCAUACGCCGCCCCCGCCUACGGAAAGGCCAUCCUGGGUUAACAACCGUCCGAUUACGACGACGACAUACCGCCUAGUUCAAACGUUGCUUCGCCUGAAAUAAUCAUCAUGCAGCGCAUAUUUAUUUGUAUCUUGUCUCAUCUCAUCAUACUACUAUGUACAAAU